UCGUCCGAGGUUUGUACAACCUGGAGAGCUUGAAGUAAAUAAGAAGCGCCUACGUUCAACGACAACUAGAAAAUCAUCAAUAACCCCUUCUCCAGUCCAAACUACAAUAACCCCUCCGCCAAUCCAAACUACAAUAACGCCUCCGCCAAUCCAAACUGCAGAAGAUUUAGUGGUAGAAGAUGAGGAUGGAGAUGUUGUUGUAGGAGAUAAUACUGAAAAUAUUGUGGUAGGAGAUGAGGGUGAAGAUGGUGUGGUAGGAGAUGAGGGUGAAGAUGGUGUGGUAGGAGAUGAGGCUGAAGAUGUUGUGGUAGGAGAUGAGACUGAAGAUGUUGUGGUAGGAGAUGAGACUGAAGAUGUUGUUCAAGUGGCUAGUUCUGAGUAUUGGGAUGUAAAUGUUAUUAAUGAGGAUGGUUAUGUUUCAAAGACCUGUUUAUGUGUGAAAGACUUGGUUGCGAACUCAGAGUUUGAUGGAACAUGGAUAAUACUUGAAUGGGAUAAGAGUCAUUGUGCAGUAGGAUCAGCUGCUCGUUUGUUAGCAGGGUAUUUGGGUACACUUGUCAGAAUGUAUAAAGACUUUCCCAUAAUGUUCGAGAGCUGGAAGGCUAUUCCAAUGGAUAAAAAACAAAGUUUUAUGAUACGAAGAUAAAGGGCCAUUUUGUUGUUGAUGAUGCGCGUGACAAAGAUUACAUACUUGCUUCUGCUGGGAAGAAAUGGAAGGAUGGUCGACAUCACUUGUUCCAUAAAUUUUAUAAAUGGGAUCUCACUUUGGAGGAAAAUCUUAAACAUUAUCCAAAAUGCCAAGGCAUUACGGAAAACGAUUGGACCCUUUUUGUUCAAUAUAGGCGGAAAGAAAAAACGCAGAGAAUAGCAACAAAAAAUGCCCAAAAUAGAGGAAAAUUGAAGAUUCCGCAUACACUUGGAUCUAAGUCGCUUGUAAGGAAGCAACAUGAGUUGGAAGUGAGAGAUGGGCGAUCAUAUAGCAGAGGAGAAAUGUAUGCAGUUUCACAUAAAAAAUCAGACGGGUCUUUUGUCAAUGAAGAUGCAUACCACAAUAAUGAAAAAUUACAAGCUGCAAUUAAGGAUUCUGUGUCUGAAAAUGAGGCAUUUCAGAAAGUAUUUGGAAAAGAACAUCCUGGAUAUGUUCGUAGUAUGGGACUUGGAGUUACGCCGUCUCAAAUUAAUAGAUCUACGAGAUCGGCGACUUCUUUGGAAGAAAAUGAAAAAAUAAAGGAAAUGCAAGAAGAAAUUAAUGCACUUAAAGAAAAGAAUUCAAAAAUUGAUGAAUUGAUGGAGGCAGUCGCAUUCUUAAAGCAAAGGGACAAUGCUAUGAUAGAGGAAAUUGAACGCUUAAGGCAAAUGCAAAAUUCUAGUGGAAGACAGGGAUUGGAAUCACCCGCUGAUGGUAGACGUUCUUUUGAGUCUAGCUACCGAAUUGCAGAUAAUGGAUCAUCAAGAAGGACAAAUUAGACGUUGCUAUGAAUUAAUUAGAUUAUAAAUUUUCCUAUGUAUUUUUGGC